AUGCUCCUUCCAUUCCUAGUCGUUCCCUCCUACCACGCCCCUCCUCCCAAGACUCCUUCCACUCCGCCGCACCACACUCCAGGGACACCCGGUACCCUCUCCGCAAGUACAUAUUUCUUUCCAUCCGCACCUUCACCAUCUCCAACGCUUCACGCCCGUUUAAGCCGCCUCUUGGACCUUUGCCAGAUAAAAUGGCUCACCCUCCGCCGUGCCUGGCUACUCUCCCAUAUUCUCUUCGCCCUCUGCAUGGCCUCGACGUUCUUUAUCUCCACCCCGACUCAAGCCACGGUCUUGGCCGGCGUCGUCGGCUUGCCAUGGGCUCUCUCUUUGUGGGCCCCUUUUGCUCUCAUAAGCGCUGAAAUAUCGAAACGAGACAGUGAGGCCCGGCGGGGAGGCCCCAACCCGAAGAACAAGCCAGAAGAUCAAGCCGGUGUAAUACUCGGUCUUCACAACGUCGCCGUUGCAGCUCCCCAAAUUGUUUCGACAUUGGUGUCGAGUGCCAUCUUCAAACUCGCGCAGAAACAGAGAGGAGAACCCUAUGAUACUAGCGUAGGGUGGGUACUCCGGUUUGGUGGACUAGCAGCACUGGUUGCGGCGGUCUUCACUUGGAGGAUCAGGGAAGACGCGGAGCCGGUUAAGGGGAACGGAAGAAAGCGGGAGGGAGGGACCGGGGAAGAGGAGAGAGGUUUGAGAGAUCAUCAGGAUGGGGAAGCGGUGUGA